AUGACCUCCAACCAUGGAAGGUCUGGAUGUUCUCCUAACUGUAGCUCUCUAGUGCAAAUGUCUCCUUUAACUAGUUGGUUUACUUCUUCAAAAUCCGCAAACAUGGCAAAUAGUGAUUUUGAUGCUAAACCAAUGGUGAUGCUUUUGGGUCAAAUAAAUUUAAGCUGUGCAUGCACUUGCUAUAAAAGUCAUGACCACUUCUCUUUGUCGCUCUCUUUAACCAAUCUUCGGUGUUGUUUCUAUGAUGAAUUUAUGACCCGAUUCCAAUGGUUCUCAGAUUUUUAUUACCAUGGUAAAGACCAGCUGGUACGCUUUGUUUUUGCAGUGAUUCGUACUAUUGACAAAAGCUGGACAUUGAGCAUGUUGUUUUCAGUAAAGUCAUUGAAGGCAUGGAUACUGUGUAUGCCAUUGAGGGCGGAGCUGGAACCUACAGUGGAAAGUCCAGAAAAAAAAAGAGAUUUUCCUAAACAGUCGAGCUUCAUGACGACGAAGGCAACAAAUUUUGUUUAUAGUAUCUAA